AUGGAUUCGACAGCUCCCAUGAUAGAUCGCGGGCAGAGGGUCCUUGCCAUCACAUGGGGAACUUGGUCACCGGCGGCCCUUAUCGUUUGUCUACGGGUCUAUGCACGCCUGCGCAGCAAAGCAUUCGGCUUUGAUGAUGGCUGCAUUAUUCUGGCCCUCCUGAUAUCGCUACUUGGAGCAGUGUGUAAUGUUUUCGAGGUGCAUUACGGUUUCGGAAAAUCCGUUUCAGCAUUGACGGAGAACGGCGUGGAACAUCUCGUCCACUGGGCGUAUGUGUCCGAGAUCCAAGCCGUGGUUGGGGUCAUGAUCACCAAGAUAUCCGUUUGCUGGUUUGUUCUGCGACUCCUAGGGCCAACGCAUCGCUGGAUGCGGAUGGUGAUUUGGGCGUGCAUGGGUCUUUCCUUUGCWACAGCACUCAUGUACGUCCUGAGCCAGGCCUUUGUAUGCAUACCGUUGGAGGCAUACUGGAAUCCACGAGUGCAUGGGCGAUGCAUCAGCAAACAGACAAUAAGUGAUAUACUCCUGCCAACAAACAUCACGAAUGUUGUCACAGAAUUCACCUGUGCUGCACUUCCCUUCUACCUGAUCUCUCACCUACAGAUGAAAUCAUCGGACAAGAAGCUGCUUCUGGUCUUGAUAGCCUUCGGAUUCUUGGACGCAUCGACCUCGAUCGCACAAGCCGUCUUAGUUCGAGAGUACGCAACGGCGUCAGGCCCUGAUCUGGUGUACCCAACCUACUGGGUGAUAGUCAAUCAAAACUUUUCCAUCGUGGUAGCGUCCGCACCGGGAUGUUGGCAUUUCAUCCGGCUUAUGAACGGUCAUGUCAAACAAAUUAGAUCAAGCUCACAAAAGACUACUUCGACUUCAAGUUCACAGCGAAGACUAGGAGUUAAUAAGGCUUCAGUUGCUCUUAAAAAAAUUGAGGAUCGGCAGUACUCAAUGGGGGAUCACAAGUAUGGAGAACUGGAUGAUCGAAGCGUCGCGACCUCYGUAUGA